AUGCCUACUGGGGAGAAGAUGGUGAAGGACAUUGGUGAUUAUACAUGUGACGAGGAUGUGGAAGAGAAUGAUGAUGAAUAUACGUAUGAUCAUGAGGAAACAGAUGAGUGCACAGACAUCAAGGAUCAUGCUGAGAAGGCAAGCGCGGGAGCUGUGGAGAAGAGAGGGAGAUUCGUUGCGGCGAAGUUCAUGGAGCAGAAACAGAGCGGCAAGAAUGAUGAGAUUUCGAAUUUGGGCGUAAGAACAAAGGCUAACAGAAGAGGGAUUAGUUUAGGGCCAGCAGAAAUCCUCUCUGCAGGGCGUAGAUGGAUGAGUUUGGGGCCUUCUGAGAUUUUCGGAGCAGCGAAAUCGAGCCAGUUUGAGCCUGAAAUCAAGGAAAUUUGCUACGAAAUCGAGGCAAGCUGUGACCACCAUUGGUUCAAGAAAGGCUGUGAAGAAGGAAGAAUCUGUUUUGAGCACAGUCCAGCGAAGAAGCUGUUUAGAGAUGGCGAGAAAUCGGUUCCAAACAAGAAGGCGUCUAGGCCGGGGAGAGUGGUGGCGAGUAGGUAUAAUCAGGGCGCGUCUCAGGCUUCGGCAAUGAGGAAGAUAUCUCUGCCGGAGAGUGAUGGUGAUGCAUGA